UUUCCAUUGCAUUCCUCUCUGCAUCUCCAGUGCAUUGAGAUUCAUCUGCCGAGAUGUCAAAUCUGGCACCCCAGGCCCUCAGGCAGGCCUCUAGAGCUUGUUCGAGACGACUAUCCUCAUCGACAGGUUUAUUGAGGCCUUUUUCCGGCCCUGGUACCAACGCAGCUCUCCAUCACAGUUCCUGGCGCAGUUAUGUGUCCGAGAGCAAGGCCCAGACCACCGCUGACGCCGCCAUCAAGGCUGAGCAACGAUUGUUCACAGAGCAGACCACACUUAAACCUAAUAGCGUGCAGGUACCCGGAGCUACAGUGACUGGAGAUACCCCAACGAGUCCGAAUGCUGGGAUAUUGAAGCAAGCCACGGUAAUGGACCAAGGUACACGCCCGAUCUACCUUGAUAUGCAAGCAACCACCCCAACAGAUCCUCGGGUUCUCGAUGCGAUGCUUCCGUUCCUCACCGGUCUCUACGGAAAUCCCCACUCGAGAACACACGCAUAUGGCUGGGAAACAGAGAAGGCGACCGAGCAAGCUCGAGAAUAUGUUGCGAACCUUAUUGGCGCCGAUGCGAAGGAGAUUAUCUUCACCAGUGGUGCAACUGAGAGUAAUAAUAUGAGCAUCAAGGGCGUGGCGAGGUUUUUCGGUCGGUCCGGGAAGAAGAAGCAUAUCAUCACCACGCAGACAGAGCAUAAAUGCGUGCUCGAUAGUUGUCGGCACUUACAGGACGAAGGUUUUGAGGUGACGUAUCUACCCGUCCAGAGUAAUGGAUUGAUCAGAUUGGAGGAUCUCGAGGCUGCGAUUCGCCCGGACACUGCAUUGGUCAGCAUAAUGACCGUCAACAAUGAGAUCGGUGUUAUCCAACCAAUGAAGGAGAUCGGCGCUCUCUGCAGAUCUAAGAAGGUUUUCUUCCAUACCGACGCUGCUCAGGCAGUCGGUAAGAUCCCGGUGGACGUCAAUGCCUGGAACGUGGACUUGAUGUCGAUAUCCAGCCAUAAGAUCUAUGGCCCGAAGGGAAUUGGGGCCUGCUACGUUCGACGCAGACCAAGAGUUCGCAUCGAUCCUAUCAUCAGCGGUGGUGGACAGGAGCGUGGUCUUCGCAGUGGAACCCUCGCUCCACAUCUCGUUGUUGGCUUUGGCGAGGCCUGCCGCGUUGCGAAAGAAGAUAUGAAGUACGAUGCAAAGCAUAUCGAACGACUCUCAAAGAAGCUCGUUGACGGUCUCCUCGCCAUGGAGCACACCACGCUCAACGGUGAUCCGGAGCGUCACUAUCCCGGCUGCGUCAACGUCUCCUUCGCGUACGUAGAAGGUGAAUCGCUUCUCAUGGCAUUGAAGGACAUUGCGUUAUCUUCGGGCAGUGCUUGUACCUCUGCCUCUCUAGAGCCAAGCUACGUGCUCAGAGCGCUUGGGAACAGUGACGAGAGCGCACACAGCAGCAUUCGAUUUGGCAUUGGUCGGUUCACGACCGAAAGCGAGAUCGAUUACGUGUUGAGUGCGGUCCAGCAGAGAGUGAAGUUCCUCCGCGACCUGAGCCCUCUGUGGGAGCUGGUCCAGGAGGGCAUAGACCUAAAUACAAUCGAAUGGAGCCAGCAUUAAACCUUCGAUCUUCUACUGCUGACAGGGCCUUUUCGAAGACAACCUCCGCCAGUCUGUCGAUUCAACAGCGUAACGACGGGCCAUAAAAAAAAUUUCUCCCCGUAUACCUAUUACCGCCCACCGCCUUGACGUAGAGUGAAACAUGAUCACUCUCUGGUGUUCUAGCACUCGUGGGCGUCCGAACUUAUCUUCUUCACUAUCCAAUCGCGGCACCUGAUUUUGUGGCGAGCAUCGAAUGUAUUUAUAACGAACUUUUCUUUUUCCAUUUUCCGCUUUUCGUUUUUUUCCAUCUUUCUGUCCUGAAAAGAGUUUGCGACUGAUCCGUGGAAAAAAUUGAACCAGGAUGGAUACGGUGCUUCGGAAAGGGAUUGGCUGCGUUGCUUCCAUUGUUCGCGGCCCCGAAUAUUAUAUUAUUAUUAUUAUUAUUAUUAUUAUUAUUAUUUUAAGGGCGUUCGAGAGAAAGGCCAUUGCUCGCUUGGUAGUAGGACACGAGCAACAAAGGAUGAUGGAUGAUACCUCGACAAAUGGUUCCAUACCCACUGUACAUAGUUACACAUCUGAUGACUUCUGUAUGAUAACUUUUGAUAAUCCAC